AUGAAUGUGUUCCUAAGUGGAAUUCUGCUUUCUGAAAUGUUCAAAGAGUGGCAAUACACAGGCAUCAUCACUCAUUGCAGGUUUCUGUACCACAAAGUCAUCACUUUGUUCGACUAUGAGAGUGAAGUCACAUGUGACCAAGGAGAGAAUGCCUUAUUCCCUGGGUUCAUCGCAGCAGAUCUAUCAACCAUGACCUUACUUGAGCAUAUAUUUCCUAAGAUCCUUCGUGGUCUUCUGCCUAAUUCUACACAUGCACCUUGGAUCGCCCGAAUGAUUCGAAGGAUGUCAGUAUGGAUUAUUGACUCUACAAGAUACGUCUUGGUGCAUGAAAACCAUACUCUAUACUCAAGGGAACUACAGCUGCUCCUAUAG